AUGCUCCGUCCAUCCAGAGGCAACGUCAAGCUCCUCCUCGGACUCUCCGUCAUCCUCAAUGUCGUCGUCCUAGUCGCUCUCUUCGUCCCCAGCAAGCAGGCUCACGAACUCCUCGGCGAGGAGACAUGGGCCAAGAUCACCCAAUUGGGGAACCACAUUGAAGAACAUAGGCAUACCUUGGUCCCGGAAAAGAGCUGCAGCAUGUGCGCUGUGGACCCAAGACUGUGCAAUGAGCUGGGAGAGGAGAACCUCAAGAGAUCGCUGGGGUAUGUGGGUACGAAUCUCCGGUUGAGACGGACGCUGUCCAAGCUCAAGCGUGGUGGACGACUCACCGCCGGUGUUGUUGGAGGUUCAGUAUCAAAGGGGUUCGGUAUCGACAAAGACCCAGCUUACUACCCUGAUACACCGACAAAUCUCAACAGAAUAGUGUUUGACAGGCUUAACACUCUUUUCCCAGCGCCUAAUGGAGUCAAGGUUGGAGACAGCGGGAGAUCGGAGGAUAUGAACUCUUUCAUCAACGGAGCGCAGGGAGGUGUCGGUACGGACUACUUUUCUCUGUGUUACGGAGAACAUCUUCCUGAGGAUAUGGACCUGGUGUUCAUCGAACUUGCCAUCAACGACGAAGUCUUGCUGAGAAACAUCAACUCGUACGAACUUCUCGUCCGCAGUCUUCUCGAUCUGCCCAGACAUCCUGCGAUCAUGAACCUUCAAGUCUUUGCUCUCGAGUUCAACACUGUCACCAACGGUGCCGAGAUGCACACUGGCGUCGCUCAAUCCUACGACCUCCCCGUCCUCUCCCUUCGUAACGCGCUCUACCACGAAGUCUUGAAGAAUGCCUCCCUCGUGAACGAGCUGUUCUGGGUCAGCCCCCAGGGUAAAACAGAUCUUCGACAUAUUGGAGAAAAGGGCCACAAUCUCAUGGGCCGCAUCGGCGCAGCCUACGUCGACUCUCAGCUGUGUGAGAUGGAAAAGUACGAAGCGAGCAUCCCCGGCGCAAAGGACAUGUCUCUCGAUCAGCUUUACCCCCUCGAACCCCUCCCCCGAAUGCAAGUCAACAUGAAAUACAACGCCGACCUCACCCUUCCCCCCAUCAAACCCCAAUGUUUCUCUGCAAACGGCCACAAAAACCCCCUCGUCCCUCUUACAAACCAAAACUGGCGCAAAUGGAACUGGAAGGAGAAGAAUUACCUCGUCGCUGAUCAGCCUGGCGCGAGGGUGUCGUUCAAGCUGCACACGACGGUGGGGAACAUUGAGGUUCACUACUUGAGGUCUUGGCAGUACAAGCUGGGAUCAGCAAAGUGCUGGGUGGAUGGGGACGAGAACAAGGCAAAGAGGCUUGAAGGGUACUGGGAUCAAAAGUACAAUAUCGGGCGAGCUGCAACGAUCCGAGAUGACCUCGCGCCGGGAGAGCACACGCUCACCUGUGAGCUACUGAAGGAGACUGCUGAUCCCGAGGGCGGUCUGGAGUUUAGGUUGAUCUCUGUCAUGAGGUCAGUUUCCUCUGCUGGUAUUUGUGAGGUGUGGUAG